AGUGGCGCCGCGGCCGCGAAGGCGGAAGUCUGGGUGGAAAAGCCUAUAUACGCUCAGUAGCCCCGCCGCACCUCAGCCUUGACCGAGGGCCCUCGAGGCUGCCCCCCGCCCCGCACACCUCUCACCAUCUGAGUGGGAGAGGGGGAGAAGAGGCCCUUCUUCCACCCGAGCUAUCGCCCCCGCUUCCCGCACCACAACCCCAGAAGGGCUCCCCCUUUGCCAGGCUUCAACAUGGCGGCCCUUACACGAGUGGACGCACCGUCCGGACCGAACUUCCCUCGUCCUUCCCGCUGGAGUGGGCUCUGCUGCCACCAGGCCGCUCCCACUCACCUCAGCAAGGCUCGGGCUUCCCUUCCCACCUUAGCCAGCGGACUGCACGGACUCGAAGCGCCAGGCGAUUCCUCGCGCCUGCCUGAGCAGUCCUUUAUAUUGGAAGAAGCAGAUUCGCCACGAGCAGUGUUUCUCGUUUUUGCUUUUAAGAAAUGUAAUCCACGUGUGUUGAGCCUCGAGGGUGUAUCAUCGCCGAAGAGAACGGGCUUUCCGUUUUUCGAACUUUUUGCGCGACGACAGAAACUGCUAAAUUGAACAGUUGAGUUGAAAGACUAUGGAAUGUGCGGUUAGUGGUCUGGGAGGAGCCGAACCGUUCGCCUUCCGUAGAGAAGGGAUCUGUCAGCGCGGCGAGAUUGUCAGUUCUCAGACUCACUUUGGGAAUCGGAUUAUGUUAUGGUGUGUUCAGAGGAUGCGUGUGCUGGGUCACACUGCAGAAGAAAAGCGCUCAGGGAAGGGUUGACAACCCUGACUCCAUCUUGCAUCAGCCACCAUUUUGUGGAGUUCUCCGAAGAGCAGCCCCUCUCGGAAUCACGAUGAACAUUCUGAGGUUUGAACACCUGGAAAGUUCCCUGCGUCUCACAGACCUGAGCAAAAAAAGCCAACCGAUCACUCGGCAACCCAUACCAACGGAAAUUUCUCCCUCGCUGGGGCUCGCUCCUGAGGUUUUUCCUUAACAGUUUGGAGCAGCCGAGGAAAAAACGUGAAGCAAUCUAGGCACCUGCUGCGGACCUCCGGACCUGCCAAAGUGCUUCUAUUGGGCCACUCAUUUUAUGAUCAAACCUUACAAGUGGAUGAUUUCUGCAACUGAUGUCAUUUUCAGUCUAAUCUUAUCCCUAGAAGGGUCAUCUGAAAGGCUCUCCCUGACGGCCAGGUCUAGAGAAAGCCAACUUUUGAAUUACAUGGGUUUUAAACUCUGUGGGUCCACCUGGAUUUAUUUCGACCCGGAUCUUCCUCCACGUAGAAUGCAAAUUCUAUGGCUGAAAAGCUUGAGCAUAGAAAGGAAAAAGUUGUGUGCUUUUUACCCUCUUUCCCAGACUGGCGGUGGAAACUCCACCCCCCGUCUCCAUGGAAACCCGGCAGCGGUGGCGGCUGUCACCAAGGGCGGGGCUCCGGAGGCCGCCCCUCCCCCACCCGGUUUGCAAUACUCCCAGCCGGGGGCCAUCGCUGUCACCCCUUAACCUCUCCGUUCCUCUUCUCGGCUGUCCUCCCUUUCUGUUGUCUUCUCGUGCCCCAAACCACAUCCUGGGGGCCUCCCUCCUGCACGGUCCUCAGCGGGGCCGGUGCACCCCGCGUCCGGGCCUGGAAGCUCCCGAGCGCCUCUUUUCUGCCCCGGGCCCACCCCUCGGCUGCGCUGAUUGGCCGCUCCUGGGCCAUCCCCUCCCGCCCCGGGCAGGCAGGGUCUCUACCUCGCGGAAAGUUUUCUGCGCCAGGAGGAAGUUGGAAGUUUGGGGACCCUGAGAAAGCUGCUCCUGCGGCUGCGGGGGUCUGGGUGGCCAUGGAGGAGCCCCCUUUGCGAGAGGAGGAGGAAGAAGAGGAGGAGGAAGGGGACGAGGCUGGGCCCGAGGGGGCUUUGAGCAAGAGCCCCUUCCAGCUGACGGCCGAGGACGUGUAUGACAUCUCCUAUGUGAUGGGGCGCGAGCUGAUGGCCCUGGGCAGCGAUCCCCGGGUGACACAGCUGCAGUUCAAGAUCGUCCGCGUCCUGGAGAUGCUGGAGACGCUGGUGAAUGAGGGCAACCUGACGGUGGAGGAGCUGAGGAUGGAAAGGGACAACCUGAGGAAGGAGGUGGAGGGGUUGCGGACAGAGGGCUCUGCGGCCGGCGGGCAGGUAAACCUGGGACCGGACAAAAUGGUGGUUGACCUGACAGAUCCCAACCGACCACGCUUCACUCUCCAAGAGCUGCGGGACGUGCUCCAGGAGCGCAACAAGCUCAAGUCCCAGCUGCUGGUGGUGCAGGAAGAGCUGCAGUGUUAUAAGAGUGGUCUGAUUCCACCAAGAGAAGGCCCAGGAGGAAGAAGAGAAAAAGACACCCUUGUUGCCAAGACCAGCAAGACCGGCAGUAACAAGGAGGAGAAGACAAUCAUAAGGAAGCUGUUCUCUUUCCGAUCGGAGAAGCAGAUGUAGAUCGAAAGCCACGACUAAGACAGAGGUUCUCGGACUCAAGAAGGCAAUGCACCAAGACUUCCAAACUCAUCUCUCAGUGCCACGCAUACUCACUGUACUUGCUCAUCUGUUUCCCCGGAAAGCCACCAAGGAGGAAGGAGGUGAGGCUCUCUCGUGAUAAUUUUUUCCCUGGCUUCAGAAGUGGACACCCGUGAAGCCUUGGCCAAGGCUGGGGAAGCAGCACAAAGAAAUCAAGAAAGCAGAAGGAAAGCAAAAACGAGGCCCACUUCCUGCUGCACGCCAGCCGUCCAGAGGGACCUCCAGUGUGCAGAUGUGCGUCCUGCCUGUCUGGUCUCACGGAUGACCUGGGUCUUUACCAUGUAGUAGCAGCGAAAUUCGUGAGCCCAAAGGGAGAGGGGAGGAGAGAAUGUAGGAAAAAAUGGUAUUGACAUUCCAGUGAUGAUUUCACAGAUAUUUAGUGAACGUUCGGUUUUGCUAACAUGACUUUCUUUACAUGAUUUUGUAUUAAAGUGAAAUGACUUUUAUACUUUC